AUGGACGCGGUAACCAAGGCGGCUCGGAGAGCUCAGAUUGCCAAGGACGUCGCCGCCGCCCGCCGCGACCAGCAGGGCGUUGCGCUGAGCAAGCUGGAGAUCGUGGAGAAGCUGAAUGAGCUUCCAGCCUUUGCCAUUGUGGGCGCCGACAAGUCCUUCGUGCCACUCCAAGUGCAGGAUGCGGCCGGUGAGACCACCGUCCAUGACGUGGCGGUCAUCUGGACUGAACCCCAGGAGGCGCAGGCGGCGCUUGCACAGGCUCGCGCGCAAAGGCCGGACGCCGCCAUCGGCACGCUCCCGCUGGGCAAGGCUUUUGCCUUGUGCGAGGGCUGGGCCCAAGCGGCAGGCGCCUCGCGAUUCAGGCUGCAGGCCCACUCGAAGGUGUUCCCGCUUUUCCUGUGCGAGGAGCUUUCGACCGACGAGUGCAUGCCGAUAUUCCUUUCGCGCGCCGAGAUGGUGGCGACGUGGGAGGAGGCUAUGCAGCGGUCUGGCGGGCGGCUCAAUCCGCCCGACAAGCUCACGGUGCUCGACCUGCGCUUGCUCGUGGCGCGCAUGCAGCAAGGCGGGAUUCAGGACUGGUCGGUGGUCAAGUUUGUGGGUACGGACCGCGCGUACGCAAUGGUCGAGGAGGGCCAGCGGCAAGAGACGGAGAGGCCGCCGCCACUGGAGUGA